UAUAUAAGCUGUACGCGGUGCAGCUGUAGACAUUGUGUGAACAGCUCCGAUACAAUACCAACACCAACAAUGAAAUCCAUGAUCAUUUUCGCAGUUCUGGCCUUCCUGGCGGUCGCAAGCGCCAAGCCUUUCCUCGGUGACUUAGGAGCUGGUCUUGGGGAAGUAGGAGCUGGUCUUGGAGCUGGCCUUGGCAACAUCGGGGCUGGACUUGGGGCCGGACUUGAAGGUAUCGGAGCUGGUCUUGGCCUUGGUGGGCAUGGUGGCGGUAUCGGAGGACAGGGUGGUAUUGCCGGCCUGGGCGGUCGUGGUGGCAGAUACUAGGCCUACUUAAAAGACCUUAUUAACAGAAACAACAUCUUGUUUGUAAGACAAAUAAAUGAUUUGACUUGACUACUUCAA